AUGUGGGCGCCCCGGCUGCGCGCGCUGCAGCUGCUGCUCCUGCUGGGCGCGUCGUGGGCGCGGGCGGGCGCCCCGCGCUGCACCUACACCUUCGUGCUGCCGCAGCAGAAGUUCACGGGCGCCGUGUGCUGGAGCGGACCGGCGGCCGCUCGGCCGGCGCCAGAGGCCGUGAACGCCAGCGAGGUGGCGGCGCUGCGCAUGCGCGUGGGCCGCCACGAGGAGCUGCUGCGCGAGCUGCAGAGGCUGGCGGCGGCCGACGGCGCCGUGGCCGGCGAGGUGCGCGCGCUGCGCAAGGAGAGCCGCGGCCUGAGCGCGCGCCUGGGCCAGCUGCGCGCGCAGCUGCAGCACGAGGCGGGCCCGGGGGCUGGGCUCGGGCCGGGGGCGGAGCCUGCCGCCGCGCUCGCCCUGCUCGGGGAGCGCGUGCUCAACGCGUCGGCCGAGGCUCAGCGCGCAGCCGCCCGCUUCCACCAGCUGGACGUCAAGUUCCGCGAGCUGGCGCAGCUGGUGAGCCAGCAGAGCGGCCUCAUCGCCCGCCUGGAGCGCCUGUGCCCGGGGGGCGCGAGCGGGCAGCAGCAGCAGGUUCUGCCACCGCCCCUGGUGCCUGUGGUCCCUGUCAGUCUGGUGGGUGGCACCAAUGACACAAGCAGAAGGCUAGAUCCAGCCCCACAGCCCCAGAGAGACCAGAUCCUGAGACAGCAGGGCCCCUUGGCCUCUCCUAUGCCUGCAGGGCACCCUGCCGUCCCCACCAAGCCAGCAGGCCCCUGGCAGGAUUGUGCAGAAGCCCACCGGGCAGGCCACAAGCAGAGCGGAGUGUUUGAGCUGCGAAUGGGCCGGCUUGUGGUGUCGGCGUGGUGCGAGCAGCAGCUGGAGGGUGGCGGCUGGACCGUGAUCCAGCGGAGGCAAGAUGGCUCCGUCAACUUCUUCACUACCUGGCAGCACUACAAGGUGGGCUUUGGGCAGCCCGAUGGAGAGUACUGGCUGGGCCUUGAACCUGUGUAUCAGCUGACCAGCCGUGGGGACCACGAGCUGCUGGUGCUUCUGGAGGACUGGGGGGGCCGGGGAGCACGUGCACACUACGAUGGCUUCUCCCUGGAACCUGAGAGCGACCACUACCGCCUGCGACUUGGCCAGUACCAUGGUGAUGCUGGGGACUCUCUUUCCUGGCACAAUGACAAGCCUUUCAGUACCGUGGAUAGGGACCGAGACUCUUAUUCUGGUAACUGUGCCCUGUAUCAGCGGGGAGGCUGGUGGUACCAUGCCUGCGCCCACUCCAACCUCAACGGUGUGUGGCACCGCGGUGGCCAUUACCGAAGCCGCUACCAGGAUGGCGUCUACUGGGCCGAGUUUCGUGGCGGGGCGUACUCGCUCAAGAAGGCUGCCAUGCUGAUCCGGCCCCUGAGGCUGUGACUAUGUGUUCAUCAGUCCCUCGGGCCCCAGAGGGGCCCAGGUUGUCCUGGCCACACCUCCUUUGUGGCUCAGUGCUGAUGUGUCCCACAGAACUUCCCAUGUUGGGUCUGUUACCCUGGGCCCCCCCAAAACGGGACCCAGGAACCUCCCCCCGCCAAUAUCUCGGACCCGCUGGCUCCCCACGGGCACUGAUAUCUCCGUUUG